GCUUCCUCGCCAACUUUUGCCUGCACGGACGCCAUGUCGCGGGCCCGACCGGUGCCCAACGGCCGGGACCUGCGGAAGUAUGCGCGGCUCUUCGUGCGGACCGACCAGGACUCGGAUGGCUUCAUCAGCGCCGAUGAGGUGAGGUCGCUCUUCAACAAGUCCUACCUGCCGCAGGAGACGCUGAUCCAGAUCUUCAACUUGUCCCACGUGGGCGCCGGCCCCGGCCUUGGCUUCGUGGAGUUCGUGGCGGCCAUGCACCUCAUCCGCCUGGCGCGCCAGGGCCACGCGCCCGCUCUGGGCGACGAGCUGAUGGCCUUUCUGGGCAGCCUCCGGGACUCGCCCCGGGACCUGGCGGUGCAGGGCACCUCCAAAAGCGCGAGGGACAUGGCGCGGGGAAAUCCGUCGGCCAAUGCGGCGCCCGCUUUCGGCGCGCUUUCGCCUUCGCCUUCGCAGCCGCAGCCGCAGCAGCGGGCCCGACCGGUGCCCAAUGGCCGAGACCUACGGAAGUAUGCGCGGCUCUUUGUGCGGACCGACCAGGACUCGGAUGGCUUCAUCAGCGCCGAUGAGGUGAGGUCGCUCUUCAACAAGUCCUACCUGCCGCAGGAGACGCUGAUCCAGAUCUUCAACUUGUCCCACGUGGGCGCCGGCCCCGGCCUUGGCUUCGUGGAGUUCGUGGCGGCCAUGCACCUCAUCCGCCUGGCGCGCCAGGGCCACGCGCCCGCUCUGGGCGACGAGCUGAUGGCCUUUCUGGGCAGCCUCCGGGACUCGCCCCGGGACCUGGCGGUGCAGGGCACCUCCAAGAGCGCGAGGGACAUGGCGCGGGGAAAUCCGUCGGCCAAUGCGGCGCCCGCUUUCGGCGCGCUUUUGCCUUCGCCUUCGCAGCCGCAGCCGUCGCACACGGAGCUAGCGGACUGGGGUGCGCAGGCGGAGGCCCCGGCGGAGUUUCCACUUGAUUUUCCGGAGCCCAGCUUCCCCGAGCCCAAGGACAAGAAGAAGGAGAAGAAGAGGAAGAAGGAGAAGGGGAGCACAGAGGGCAUGGAUGGUAUGGAUGGUGUGGAGGCCUUCGGGCAAUCCAACUGGACAAGCUUCGGCGAAGCACCCAAAGAGCCAGAGCCAAAGCCGCCCGUGAAGUCCAAAGCGAAGCCGAAGGAGCUUGGGGCGCGCGCGGACGCCAACGUCAGCUUCAGCCCAUUGGCCUCGGCCACCCGCCGGGACCCGCCGACGUCGGGCCGCCGCACCCGGCUGGGCCUCCCACUGGAGCCGGAGACGAGCUCCCAAGAUCCCGACUACCUGGCGCGCAUGGAGGAGAUCCUGGGGCCGCGGAAGCCGAAGGCGCCGGCGCUUCCUCCACAAGCACGUCCACGCGAGGUGUGGGCAGGCCGCCGCAACGACGGGCACUUCGAGGAGCGGUACCGCAGGGCCUACCAGGACCUUGGGGACUACGGCAGCGGUAACAUCUUCACCAGCCUCAUGGGUGCCCAGCCACGGCGCGAGGCGGCCCGGGUGUUGCCCCAGCCGGCUAAGCCCUUCCUCAAGAGCCUGACGCCCAACUUCCAGGUGGACUGGGUGUCCUGAGAGGACAAUGAUCGCUUGGUAGACUUGCUCUUCAGGUGUCUUAUACUUGUGUAAUCUUUGGGCGAUCACACUGGGACAGCGCGAGUCCAUGAUUAACAUUCAUUGUCAAUGAUGGGCGUGACAGAAGCAACAUUGGCCA